AGUGCAUGGUUCAGUUGGUGGUCAGCCGAAAGGAAAAUUAGGGUUGUGUUUUGUUGCGAUAUAUGUGACCUUAAGUUAAAUUAUAUUUGUAAAAAACCUGAAGAAACGCUAUAAAAUAAGGAACAAAAAGUUGCAAGUAUGGGUGAGCCACAGCAGGUCAGCGCCCUUCCCCUGCCGCCGAUGCAGUACAUCAAGGAAUAUACAGAGGAGAAUAUUCGCAAGUGCCUUGCGCCUCCGCCCCCUACUCCCGUCAAGGACAGCUACAUGAUGUUUGGCAACCAGUUUCAAUGUGAUGAGCUAAUUAUCCGCCCCUUAGAGAGCCAAGGCAUUGAGCGCCUUUACCCUAUGCAGUUCGACCACAAGAAAGAACUGAAGAAACUGAACAUGUCCAUCCUGGUCAACUUUUUGGACCUCUUAGACAUCCUUAUUAAAAGCCCAGGAAGCAUCAAAAGAGAAGAGAAGCUGGAAGACCUGAAGCUGCUCUUUGUCCACAUGCAUCAUCUGAUAAACGAGUACCGGCCUCACCAAGCCAGAGAGACGUUGCGGGUCAUGAUGGAGGUACAGAAACGGCAGUGGCGGGAAACGGCCGAACGCUUCCAGAAGCAUUUAGAAAGGGUGCUGGAAAUGAUCCAGGGCUGUCUAGCGUCUCUUCCGGAUGACUUGCCCCAGUCGGAGGAUGCAGCCGGGGGAGCAGUGAAACUGAAAAGCAAACCCAUGGAUGUGGAUGAGGUGAUUGGACAGAUGGACAAAGAGAAGGAAACUGUCUUCAAAAAAAAGGAUCAACUUUGUGACAAAGAUGCAGCGAUGUGUAGCAUCAUUGAUGAGAUGACAUAACUGCGCGUGAACAGUUUUGUGCUCUUAAGCUAGUCUGUAAAAACAAUCUCUUCCCAUGGAAUUGGAAAGGGAACAACAGAUUUCUUUCAAAUAAAAUACAACUUUACUGCCAGUUAAAGGACAUUUAAAUCUGACAUUAUGUGAGAAGAAAGGGGGAGGAAAGAUAGUGUCGUGCAGAUAAGCAACAGUUUUCCUUUGGAGCAUAGACCAUUCAGUCUAAAUGCUCUUCAAGAAGCAUUCCCUUAUGUAUUUAUUUGAAGUUCAGUAGAAACUCAUAGAACUGUUUUUACAGACCCCGAUUAGCACGAAUCUGGAACUACCUUACCUUUUAACAUUAGGCAGUCCAAUAUGUGUUUAGUCCCGCUGGUGACCAUGAGAGAUGAUUGAUGACAAAUCAUGGUUUGGUUUAGUCUAGAUUUUCUUUAGUAAAAUUAAGUUUCCACAUGAUGCCAUACAAAUGGUAACUAUGGAGAAAACAGCUCUUGAACUAUCUUACCUUUUACAUUAGGCACUCCAAGAUUUGUGCUAAUGUGUCAAAUACCACAGUGGUAGCUAAACUUCUACUGGUAUUUGUCUUGUGGAAAUUUGUGGGGUUCCCAUAAGUUAAGCAUAGCAAAUAAUGUUCUGUUCUCUUUUCCCUGCAUGGCAUAAAGAAACUGUUCGCUAGAAGCUAGGCCCUCAUGAGCUAACAACAUAUUAAGAAUAUAUUCAAAACCCAGCACACAAGUAUAUGCAAAUAUAUAGGACUUUGUGUGUGUAUCAGCCAGUUUGGAGGCAGUGGUUGUGAAUUUCAGACAAUAAUAACAAAACAGACAAAAAUAAUUGUUAAUGCACUGUCACCCUACAGUUUUUUUUUUUUUUUUUUUUUUUUUUGCAAGUAGGAAAAACAACUCAAGACUUACCUAUUGGGGAAUACAGUUUCAAAUGGUGUUAAUGUUUUUUUCUUUCUCAAAUGUAUCAUAUUUAAUGAUAAAAUAACACAACAAUUUUAAUUUUGCAGUGUAUCUAAAAAUCUACCACAGACCCUUAUAAAUCAAAAUGCUUCUUUCUAUUUUUCAAGCAGUCGGCAGGAUGACUUGUAAUGAUAGGAUAUGGCAGAGAAUGUGUUCAGUCGACUAUGCUAUGGCUGUUUUCUGACCUUAAAAUUUAUUUCAGAACCACAAAUGUAUUUACUUUUCAGUACCGUUUUUGUAAGGAUAAUUUUUUCAACAACCAAGAAUCGCUAUGUAAAAAAAUAAAAUUAAAAAAUUUAUUUUCUUCCAGAAAAGCUUUUGUGAAGAAUCAUUUGCUAAAAACAUUUCAGAAGUCUUGUUUUUUGAGUACGUAAACUGUAUUCUAUGUUUGUGUAUUUUCCUGUUAUGAAAUUUGUUUAAUAAAAUGUGUGAAAUUCAAUGUAUAUAAAAAUGAUGUUGAACCUUCUACAGUGUGAAUGUAGUGCUUAUUAUGAUUACUGAUUGCCUAGAGGAAUGGUUGCAUCUUAAACAAUAUUAAAAAAAUAAAAAUAAAAAUACAGGAAUGCACAAAACAGUUCAACGUGGCAUACUGACUCAGUACUUCAGACAACCACCUGCAGUUAUUUCUGUCGUCUAAGGUUGUAGUUCUUUUUUUAAAAUUUUAACCAGGAAUUUGUAUUUAAAGUCUGCAUUUCUUUUCAUUGCCU